AUGUUGAUCAAAGUCAAGACCCUUACCGGCAAGGAGAUCGAGUUGGAUAUCGAACAAACCGACAAGAUUCAGCGCAUCAAAGAGCGUGUCGAGGAAAAAGAAGGCAUCCCACCAGCACAGCAACGCCUUAUUUUCGGUGGAAAGCAGAUGCACGACGAAAAGACAGCCAAAGACUUUGGCGUCGAAGGCGGAAGUGUUCUUCAUUUGGUACUUGCGCUUCGAGGUGGCAUGCUCUAG